AUGAUAGAUCACUCCAAUAAAGGACGGAACACGAGUGACAAAUCAAUUGUAAAUCUGUCCUCACAUCUUCAACUCACCAGGGAACAUACCAACUUACUAAAGAAAGGUUUGACCUUCAUUCCUACAUCUACAAUUUUCCCCAACCAUAGACAACUCACUGAAUCUUCUAUUCAGGGCUAUAAUCGGCGUCUAAAAAUAGCGGCUUAUUUCGGUGAAACGCCAAAAGGACCAGUCCCAAAAUUCCAAGACCCAUCCUUAUGGGAACCAAGGGAACAAUAUACUGAAAACAAAAGAAUACAAACUUUCACACAUCAGGAGUUUUUCAAAAAGGACCAGGAUGUGGACCCAACCACGAUUAAAUCUGAACAAUUACAGUUGCGUUUAUGCCAUCACAUGCAAAAAAUGUCAAUGACAAUACAUUGUACAAACAUCGUUAUAACAUCAUCAAUGGACAUAAGACUAACACUAAGGUGGUCCAACAUUUCCAGCAACAUGGGGUUCAGAAUAUUCACAUCCAACCUCUGGAAAACAAAGCUGCUUGGACCACUAAGAAAAGACAAGCAGCUGAAAGAAGAUGGAUUAAUCUUCUCAACACCAGAACACCACAAGGACUUAAACCCCACCGAGAAUGAUCACCUCGGACCGGCAGGGCCUGCGGGUCUGCGGCCUCCGCGCCCUGGUCCUCAGGCGCUGCUUCGGGCGGAUUUGGCGCCUCAGCAGCGUCAGGAUUGGCCAGACGGAGGCAGCGUGAUCUGGUUGGAGAGGGGCCUGCUCCGGCUCACGGAGGUUUCGUGGCUGCCUCCGUUCCAAUGGAGGGGGUGCCAAUAUAAGGCCGGCCUCCAGUGGGGGGUCCAGAUCCAUAAUCUCAGUCAUUGUCGCCACGGAGGUAGCGUGGCUUGGCUGAGGCGGGGGCGGAGCCUGUGGGCCGGGAUCCGGGACCGGCUGGGCCUGUGGGCCCGAUUCAGGGCCUGGUGGGGCCUGUGGGUCGGGCUCCAGGACCGGCAGGGCCUGCGGGUCUGCGGCCUCCGCGCCCUGGUCCUCAGGCGCUGCUUCGGGCGGAUUUGGCGCCUCAGCAGCGUCAGGAUUGGCCAGACGGGAUGUCCCCCCUGCGACCUAGCCUCAUUCCCCUCCAGGAUCAGUGGCGACGGAGAUGGCGUGCGGCGGUUGGGGCGGGGCCUGUGGGCCGGGUUCCAGGAUGGACUGAUCCUGUGGAUCCUCGGCCGCAGUUUUCCGCUCCUCUACUGCCGCCACGGUGGCGACGGAGAUGGCGUGCGGCGGUUGGGGCGGGGCCUGUGGGCCGGGUUCCAGGAUGGACUGAUCCUGUGGAUCCUCGGCCGCAGUUUUCCGCUCCUCUACUGCCGCCACAGAGCCAGCCUGGUUCCCAUCCAGUGGUCCAGAGCCCUGACCUCUGAGCCCAUGGCCGACAGCUGCUGCCCACUGCUCUGA